UUGUAAUGUUUACAUUAACAGGGAAUUGAUAUAAAAAUAAAAACGUUCACAUUUAAAUAUAGAUGUAUAAUAUUUAUUAUUAAAUUAGACUAAGUGUGUCGAAUUGUAGUUAGCAGCUAUGCUCAAUAUUCUAAUUAGACACACUUACAUUUGGUGUUUUUUUUUUGUUUUCUUUUAUUAGAGUAUUUAUUUAAUUCUUGAGACCAACCAUUUAUUGAAGAUGGUAACAUUUCGAAAAUCUCAGUAAAAUGUUGAGCUCGUCUGAGUCAUAUUAUCCAGCUUGUUACAACUUUGAAGGAAAAUGAUGCAAAACUGUAAACCAAGGCUGAAUCAGGUGGGAUUUUCCUGAGGAGAUAAUGAAACACAACAGAAAAGCCCUUUCCGUGAAUAGUUAUAUUUGACUUGACAGGGCAAGACGAUGAAAUGUUUCCAAUUAAUAUUACAUGGGAUUUUUUUCCGCCUUUCUUUUUUCUAAAUAUAUUUCAGAAUUUACCUUGAUUGUAAUAUACCUCAUUGGCUGUGGUUUUGUUUGUUGGCCUAACUAUAAAGGAUCUGCUUAUACCCUUGUGGGUUGGGAAGAAUUAGGAUUUAUGAAUUUAUUUCCUCUGUUGUAUUGUUUAAACAGCUUUGGUUUAGUUUUGAUCCCUUCCUCUUGCCUUUGAGGCUGUUCCACGGUGUCAGCUGUUGACUGAUAGUAAGAGAACUGCCUCACAGUGUGAAUGAAAGAAAACUAGCGGUUGGUAAACACUGAUAAGGGAUAAAUAGAAAGCGGUCAGGCAGAGAUAGUUCUGUGGGAGCCCAGAUUGUGUGCGGUCUGUUAAAAUGAGAUUCUGAGCCUGUCCUUUUUAUUCUUCCUCCCUCCCCUCCCCUCCCCUGUGCGCCGUUUGUCUGGAAAAUCUCCAGUGACCCGGCUCGGCAGUCCCAAGCUGCAGUAUUCUCUUUUUGUAUUUGUUUUGUUUUCUAACAAGGGUCAAGUUGGCCAAUAGACAUGUCCCUGAUGCUUAUAGACAGCUGUCAUGACUUCAAGUACUUACAAUAGUUACAUUUUACAUUCUGCACAAACAAGCACUACAGCAUGAGAUUAGGUGAAAGCUAAAAUAUGAAGCAUGCUGUUUUUUUUUUUAUUUCUACUUGUCACUAUUUAAUUUAAGCACAUCCACCCAUCCUGAGACCCAUCCUGUCUCAUUUUACAUAUGUGCUGAAAGUAUCACUAUCAGGUCAAAGCUGGAUGUAUAUGUCACCAUGUUAUAUUAAUUACAGCCACAUAAUUAGACAUUUACACCCUGAGGAAAAUAAAUAAAUCUCAUUUUAAUUUCUAUUCUUUUUUUUGGUAGCUGUCUGCUCCUCCCUACAGUCAGGAGUGAUUUUUUUUUUUCUGGGGGUGAAUCUAUCUUUUAUGUGAUUAAAAAGACCUUCAGAGGUCUUACCUUGAGGAUCACCAUGUGGUGUAUUUACACAGAAAAUAAUUCAGCCCAUUGUAGCCCAGCAGCUAAUGAGAUUGGUUGUUAAGUGAAUGACACAAAGGCUACAAAAAAAAAAGAAAGGAAAAAAAAAAAAAAGCUUAGCGUUUCGGGUGAAUAUCACAGUGUCCCUGCACACACACACACUCACACACACGCACACACACUCUCAGCAGCGAGACUCUGGACUACCCUGUACCCCACCUCGAUAUCCUUCUGCUCCGUCUCCUCCCUGAUGUCACCGUGAGAUGCAAAACAAAGGCUAACGGGGGCACGAUGAUGAAGUACACGAUCGCCUCCUGAGGGAUAAGACUUGUGAGAGCAUCAACCAGGGUGGAGAGUGCGGAUCUGGCAGCUUAUCCUACACAGCACUUGGAAAACCGCAGUCAAAGAUGGAUUCGGACGGCGAGGAGCAGACCCUGAAAUCGGGCCACGGCGGCACAGGGCUGGUCGACGGCGCCGCCGCGUCCCACAGCCCGUACGGGUCGGCAGCCAGGAAGCGCGGCGCCCAGGAGGGGGUGCAGGGCGCCCCCGUCAACAAGAGAAAGUCCCUGCUGAUGAAACCCCGCCACUACAGCCCCAGCGAGGCCUGCGAGGAGGAGAGCGAGGACCUGGCGCCGUCACAGGACAAAGAAGAGCUGAGGAACAUUGACACUCCAGCAGAUGGAAACCUGAACGCGAUCAGUGGCGCUGCCGACAUUAACGACUGCCGUGAUGCGGCAGCAAAGUCCAGCGAUUCUCUCGGAUGGUCUGAAGUCACAUCUGACGGCUCCCCGCGGUGCGAACUGGACACGGCGGAGCCUCCGAUGGACGGCGACGAGGAGGAGGCGCUUCAUCACCAAGAGGAGGACCUCAGUCCAGACGGGCUGAGCGGCGCGUCGUCGCCACAGAGUCCGUACGGGCGCCUGCGGGAGCCCGAGUGGGAGCCCCUGUCUCUGGCUGCCAAGGUGAACGGACUGGGCUGCAGCCCCUCCAGCGCCUCCGAGGACCUUCCAGGGAGGAACGGCCACGUCAAAGAGGAGCCUCAGUCAGAGCUGGGCGGCCCUCUGGGCAGAAUGAGCAUUUUCCAGGUCGAGGCUUUAAGAUACCGGCCACUCCCCAUAGAGGAGGACAGCGAGGGGGAGACGGAGGUGGAGAGGCCGCCGCGGCUGGACGCCUGGGCGCUGGGCCUCCACGAGAGAGGCCUGGACGCGAGCCAAAGGAGGGUGAACCUGAGUCUGCUGGAGCAGGCCAUCGCCCUGCAGACGGAGCAGAGGCAGGUCCUGCACCACGCCUACAGGGAGAUGGACCGCUUCCUGCUGGAGCAGAUGAGCCACGAGAGGCGGCACCACAGGAUGAUGGACAUGGACAGCAGGAGCAGCUAUCACGGAGGCAAAGAUUCUCCACGGACAGACAAAAAGGACAUCAAGUGUCCGACCCCCGGCUGUGACGGCACCGGCCACGUGACGGGCCUGUAUCCACAUCACAGGAGUUUAUCUGGGUGUCCCCACAAAGUCCGAGUUCCUCCUGAGAUUCUGGCCAUGCAUGAGAACGUCCUCAAGUGCCCCACACCCGGGUGCACAGGAAGAGGCCACGUCAACAGCAACCGUAGCACCCACCGGAGUCUCUCCGGCUGCCCCAUCGCCGCCGCGGUCAAAGUCUCCAAGCCUCAGGACGAGGCCCUGAAAUGCAGGCAAACACCUGAGCGCUCGCCGAGAGCCAUUGGCUUGAUAAAGAAAUUUGAGAUGAACCAGCUGAACUACAGGCUCUCUCAUCCAGUAGCGGCUUUGCAAACGGGCCUCACAAAAGACAUGGACAAGUACAGCAGGAUCCGCUUUGAUUACGCCAGCUUUGAUGCGCAGGUCUUCGGCAAACAGCCUCUGAUGGGGACAAACCACGACCAGGAAAUGUCACAGUUCCCUGAUUCACCUCAGCAGUAUCCUGGCUUCCUCGGCGCAGCAGGUGGCCGCCUGCCCACCUCUGGUCAGCACAGCCCACCCAGUCAAUUCAAAAAGGAAGACGGUCUCCAAGCCACGGCGGCGACCGCUGCCAUCCUUAACCUCUCCACUCGCUACCGCAAGAACAUGGAGGCUGUCGCCGGCCGGCCCCUGGCAACCUCCACAAAGGACAUGCCUAUAGAGGUGGAUGAAAACGGCACCCUGGACCUGAGCAUGAAGAAAUGCAAGGAGAACGUCAAGGCCCCCCCCGGCGAGCCGCUGUCGCCCCCGGACUGCACCGUGGCCAAAGGCGGGAGCAUGCUCAUCAGCCCGGCCUUCUACCAGCCGCUGUGCGACCGGGACAGCUGGGAGAGCCCCGUCCCCGUCGGCUUCAGCAAAGCACACGUCCUGCAGGACAAGGAGCUGGAGGAUUAUGACCAGGUCUCCUUGGAGGACCAGCACUAUCAAGGAGAUGGCAGCAUGCUAAGCUCCAAAACCAAGCUGCUAUUACGAGACUCGAAAAAAGAGCUUUUGAGCUGUCCGACCCCAGGCUGUGACGGCAGUGGCCAUGUGACGGGGAAUUAUGCAUCACAUCGGAGUGUGUCUGGAUGUCCCCUGGCUGACAAAACACUCAAAUCACUGAUGGCAGCCAACUCUCAGGAACUAAAGUGCCCAACACCUGGCUGUGAUGGAUCUGGACAUGUGACUGGGAACUAUGCUUCGCACAGAAGCUUGUCAGGAUGCCCACGUGCCAGAAAAGGAGGUCUGAAGCUCACACCAAACAAGGAUGACAAAGAUGAGCAAGAGCUUAAGUGUCCAGUAAUUGGAUGUGAUGGUCAAGGCCAUAUAUCGGGUAAAUACACAUCCCACCGCAGCGCAGGCAGUUGUCCACUAGCAGCCAAAAGACAGAAGGAGUCGUCCAUCGACGGGCUGCCCUUUGCCUGGAAGGCCAAUAAACAGGAACUGCCCCAUUGUCCCCUGCCUGGCUGCAACGGCCUUGGACAUGCCAAUAAUGUGUUCGCCACUCACAGAAGUUUGUCGGGCUGCCCCCUCAACGCACAGAGCAUCAAGAAGAAACACACCGAGGAGGAGAUGAUGACUAUUAAGCUGAAAGCCAGCAGCGGUGUAGAAAACAAAGACGACAUUCAACAUUUGGAUCACGAAAUAAAGGAGCUGAACGAAUCCAACAUGAAAAUAGAGGCAGACAUGAUGCAACUGCAAACGCAGCAGAUUUCGUCUAUGGAAUGUAACCUGAAGACAAUUGAAGAGGAGAACAAGAUGAUCGAACAGCACAAUGACAGCCUUCUGAAAGAGCUCGCCCGCCUUAGCCAAGCUCUCAUUAACAGCCUCACAGACAUCCAGCUGCCUCAAAUGGGACCCAUCAGUGAGCAUAAUUUUGAAGCCUAUGUGAACACAUUAACUGAUAUGUACAACAACUCGGAGCACGAAUACUCUCCGGAGUGCAAGGCCCUCUUGGAUAAUAUCAAACAGGCUAUUAAGGGCAUCCAUGUUUAAGCUGUAGAGCUACCAAGAGAUUUCUUUGACUUGGGAUAAUGGCACUAGAUAGCUCUAUUUCACUGAAGAGUGCUGGCUUGGAUGCAUGUAUAAGACAAGGCUUUUGGAAAUGUGUUUGGCAUUUCCCAGUAAAUACACUGCACUGAGAAAAUUACCAGCCAGAUUUCUGAUGCUUUUACUGUUUCUGCAUUCACUUGAUAUGUUUAUCCUGGUGAGAUUUUUACCCCUCUUGCACUUAAUUAUUUUGUAUGGUUUGCUUGAUUUCGACCUGUACGUGUUCAUGUCCAUCUUAUAUUAUCGCUAUUUAUUAUUAUAUCCGUUCAUCACUGUAUUUAUUUCCUCGAUUUUUAUUUAUUUAUAGAAUUGUAAAUGCUUGAUAUUUGAGAAAUCUGUUCGACUUUCUGCACAUUGUAAAUUACACAGAAGCACAUUCCGAUUUCUUGGCAUACUUUCGCCAUCUAGUGUUGAAAACCCUAUACUAUCAUCAGACCAUGAGUUGAUUCUCCCUUCAAAGUGAAAAACCUACCAAAACGACCGAGCAUCCCUUCUGAGCAUUGCUUUCGCUUUCUUUAUUGGAAUCUGAAUGUAUGGCAGGACAGCGGGGGUCAAAAAAAAAAAAGAUGCAACGCAACGAGUACUGUAUGUUUUUGCUCACGACCGGUAACAGAUGAAUGCGACCACGAGGCGACGCUGAGCAGAAACGCAUCACGGCUCAGUGAGCUGGACGUCAGCAGGCUGCAAGAAGACAGCAACAAAGAGGAAAAACCCACUUUCUCAAGAUGUCUUUCUUUUUUUAAUAUAGAUAUAAAACUGCCUUCUGUGCACACACUUCGGAGUGUGCAUAUAGUAUGUGCCUAAAUGUAUAUGAAUCCAUAAAAAUAUACGAGUACUAUGUUUUGUGGUAGGACAGUAUUAUGUGGAUGGUGUCUAAUUUAUUAUACAGUACAAUUAUUUUCAUAGGAGGAGAUGUUCUGAUGACUGUUUAAAUACUGUUGUCUCAGUAGCUGUAAUCUCAAGAGUCGAGCUUUGAAAUAUCAUGACUCGAGAAUGAAAAGUCUGGUGUUGAUUUUAACUUUUGCUAGCAAAAAAAGAAAAGAAAAAACAAAUGGAGACCAUUAAAAAAAUGACACCCGCUCCUGUUUUAUCUUAAACUGCUUACAAGCCUUAACGUUUCCACCAGUCUUACAGUUUGAGUAUUCUCACAGCGCUUGGGGCAGAUUUGAACAGUAGCUAUUUUAAAACCGAGCUGACUACCACUACAACUCGCAUUUCAGUUUCAACCACUAAAUGCAAAAAAGAAAAAAAAGAAAAACAUAAAUGAAAACAUAGACAAAUGAUAGUUGUUGGCUGAUCAGUUGUUUGUUUGCAUCAAUUGCACUUUUGUAUUUUGUUUAUUUUGUGUUUUUAGUUCACCAAACUGCCCUUGACUUCCACACAAAGCACGAAACGAGACACUGGAUUUACAUCUUUGUCUCAUUUUUACACGAGUUUAGUCCCCAGAGAAAAAUUACACUGAUUUAUUUGAGCAAUACAUUUUUCUUUUCUGCAAAAAGAAGUCAAAGACAGAUAGAGUAGGACAUGUUGAAAAAACAGCGAAAGAGCCAAAUUACAGUAAAACUAAGACCCUGUUUUAUCCAAAUAUGUUUUAAAUAAUGUUAAUCUUUUAAAAAUUGAAUCACAUUCUUUAAACCUAAUUAUCCUUUAUUUACAAUAUUCUUUUUAAUUUAAUUCCUAUACCACACAUUGUUUGCUCAGGAAGUUUUGUGAAUAAUAUUUAUUUUUCCCUGUUAGUAUUUAAUGUUUUGUAAUGUGAACUGCUUUUUUGUGGAACGAUAUUAGUAUGAUAUGAAAUUGUAAUGUAUUUUCUUUUCUUUUACAUUAAAAUGUAAUGCUUUUUUUCAGUUGAAGUAGUUUGUAAAUUAAAACUUCCUAUUACUUUUACUAUUUCAUAAUAAACAGAUAUGCGCUGUGUUGUACAGUUUGUGUAUGGUAGAAAUAAACUUUUCAAAUGGU